CGUUCGUCAAGGCCUACCAGCGUGUGGAACCUUUCCGUGCCACGAUUUUAAUCCCAUCGUGUCUCUCGCACGCACAACGCACGAGUCCAAAUAGAUUCCAUCGUCGAUCAUACAUUGUCACACACUGUCACACGUCAUCAAGAUGCACCCCGUUCGAUUCUACGGGGCGUGGUGGCUCGGCUGGUAUCUGUUUCUAUCGCUGUCCAGCGCGAGACGGGUGGACGGCUCGCGGAGUUACGGUCUUUUCUCGGCAGCGGCGGCUUCGUUGAUUGGCGGCGCCGAAAGCCACAACACUGAUUCGUCGUCCUGGUUCGACGACAUGGCGUUCGAGGACGCAUCGGUAGCCGCGCAAAUCCCAGUAGACGACGUGGCUACGGGAGAACACCGGAUUCCUUUUCUACGACCGAGGGCAUCACCUUCCCUCGGGUCGGCACGUAGUCACGGCGGGCCCUUGUGCACUUCGGUACCACUCGCUGCCCAGCAAAAACCAAGAAACGAUCCUUGGAGUGCCAGCGACGAGGAAGACGAGAAUUGCGAAUCGGACGGUGAAGGUCUCGAUAUGUCUGGCGUGUAG